AUGGCUGAUCGUCCAACGACAUUAACCUUUACUAAAGAUGAUGACCCGAAUGAACUAAAAAGAACAGGUACGGCUAGUAUUCAUCAAACCACUUCAAAUCUUGUAGAGAUCAAUCCCAUGACGAAAUCUUUGUAUUUAACAGUAGCCACUGGACGUGCUUUCCCGUAUGUAGCCCAAUGGUUUAAAGAUAAAUCCACGGAAAUGGAAACCACUGCCAAACAUAUAGAAGAAGAAUGUGAAGGCAAUAUGCAGAUGGAUUUACAAAAACAACAUAAAGGAAUUGUUCAAACCCGUACAGUAAAUGAAAAAGAACGUAAAAAGUUACUUUCCCUUCUUCAACAAUUACAACUCAUCCGUCGACAUUUACGUCUUUCUGUAGAAGGAUGGGUUUCCACUUUUCAAUCCGCCUCCCAUGCAUAUAAGUUGGCUUUACAAGAAAUGGAAGAGGCAUUAUUAGAACGAGUACGAUUAGCAGAAAAUUGGACUUUACGUGGAGAACGAGAUGAAGUCUUGGCAACACUCACACGAUUGCAGGAACACCGUGCGGCCCUUCGUUUACGUGCAGAUCGGGAUAUUAAUAAAGAAACCACCAGAAGAGAUCAGACGUUACAACAUAUAAGAACUGCAAUGGAAAGUUUAGUGGGAAAAGUAGGAGAUGCGGUGACGUGGGAAAUUCAACAACGUUUAUUAGGACAUACACGUACUUCUUCUCAUAGAAGAAAUAGGCAAACUAAUAAUAAUAAUAAUAAUAAUAAUAAUAAUAAUAAUAAUAAACAUCUACACAAUUUGAAUACCACCACUUCAUCUAUUAAUACAAAUACGACUACUACUACUACUACUACUACUACUACUACGAAUAGUAAUAGUAAUUAUACUGUGGAUGAACUUCCUGAGGAUGAAGUGCAACUUUUACAGGAGGAACAGGAAUUACAAAAGGAACUUCGAUGGAUGGUGAAAAGACGAAUGUUAAAGCGACAACAGAGACGACAACAACAAUUACAAUCAUUUCCCAAACAACGUCAACAAGAAGAAGAAGAAAAAGAAAAAGGAGAAAAAGAGGGAAAAGAAGGAAAAGAGUCGAAUCUACUUUCAAGCACGACGACGACAACAGUAAUAAUAGAAGAAACACCUUCUGUGCUGUUACCUCCAUUAUCAUCAGCAUCAUUAUUAUUAUCUACAUCCGCAAAGAAUAAGAAUAAUGAUAAGAAUAAUAAUAAUAAGAAGGAAGAAUUAAAUUCAUUCUCCUUACAAGAUGAAUCCCACUUUAGUGUAGAGGCCAAUAUUAUUAAAAGUUCUGAUGUCAACACCUUAAAACUCCCCGCUCUUGACCGAAAGGAAUCCCAACAACAACAACAACAACAACAACUAUCAGAUACACCGCAGGAAAAGGAAAAAGAUAUACUCAAACUUAUUCCCAGUAGUACGACGAGUAGGAGUGAUAGUAAUAAUAAUAAUAAGAGCCCAAAGAAUAAGGAUGAGGAUAAAAACAAGAAAACCAAUAAUAAUAAUAAUAAUAAUAAUAAUAAUAAUAAUAAUAAAAUGAAUGCCGAUACUCCCGUUUCUUCUCCAGCAGCACCUAAACAAACUACAUUAUUGUAUCGUCGCAGUUCUCUUGUCAAACGUCCCCCGGUGGUUCUUCCCCCAAAUGAUGUCUCUCGCAGUAUUCACGGCCGUCAACCAAAUCCCGAUCAUCUCGCCACUUUACUCGCCGCAUUAACAGAAGAUACCGCCCACUUCGCCAUUUCAAAAGAAAAAACAGAAGAAGAAGUGGAGAAAUUACGAGAGGAAUUACGUAAACAACAGGCGGAGACCGCACGUUUAUUACAAACGAAUAUUAGUUUAGAAGCUCAACGGGCUCAAUUACUGGUGCAACGAGAUGCACAGGUGAUGAAACUUAACUCAAGCACAAUACAUCAAAACUCUCAGGCAAAAAUACGAGAUGUGGAUGAUCUUCUCUUAAAUGAAGAACUUGUACAGAUGUUAGAGGUAUUACAACAACAGAAGGAACAACGCCUGGCAGAGAUUACAAACGUACGGGCCGCUAUUGAUGAUAUUCGUAAUAAUAUUGAAAAACAAGAGAAAUUGGUAUUAUUAGUUCGGGAAUAUUGGAGACGAAAUGCGGCCGCCAUGAAACGUGUAAAGAAUGCCGCCGGAAGACGUUUAGGACGUGAGUCUAUUUCUUCUGCGAUAGUAGAAACGAGUAUGAUGGAUUCCCCAUCGCAAACAAUCUGGAGACGAUUUAACACAACAGUCCCGCCGGCAUUAUUAUCAUCAGAGGCAGCGGGAAUAGCAAGAGUCAGUCCAACCCCAACAACAGGAACGGGAACGGGAAUGGGAAGAAAUACGGCAGAAGGGAAAAGUAAUAAUGUGUAUCAGUCUAUUCCAGCACUUGGGUUGAAGGAACCAGAUGAGGUGGCGGAGUUUAUUUACAGUGUGUUUGAGGAAUUGGGAGUGGGAUCCACAGCAACUGCUGGAAAUGAGGAGUUGUGA